CUCAUCGUAGCAGAAACAUUGUCACACUGACGAGUCUCCUAUCGUGUUAUUACAUACUCGAUAGAUAUAGUGUCCUCGGAAUCUGCCUCCACAGAUGGAGGGCGACUGGGGGGAUUUCCAAGCGGGCGGAGCCAGCGGCUUCGUAUCAGCGCAGCACGCGUCGUCAUCUGCGGCGGCACCGCCGGCGCAGGCGACGGAUGCCGCAGAGCCGUUAGAUCCGGCAUCGACGGCGAGUCAGACGGGGACGAAAACAACGUCGGCGGAUCCGGGAUUGGUGCCAAGCGGGAAGUCCGCGCAAGAUAGCAACUCGUUCUGGGGGGAGGCGGAAAACCAGGCGGGCGCGGAUGCGGGGAUGGACUUCUGGGGGGAGGUGCAGGCGCUGGGGGGAAGCGGAGACUUGCAGGCGUUGGGGGGUGAGGGGGAGCAGGAUUCGGGGGGGAACGCGGGAGCGCAAGUGCACGGCGGAGGCGCGGGGGGCGGAACAGACCAUGCGCCUCCCCCUCCUCCGCUUUCCGCUCCGCCUGCUUCCGCUGCUGCCGCUGCUGCCGCGGGCACGGGAAUCACAGCAAGCGCAGCUGUAGCGGCACCAGUAGCUACACCUGGGGGAGGCGGAUUAGGGUUUGAUCAAUCGAGGUUACCAGGCGUUCAAGCUGGUUACCACUCGUCGCCUAUGACUGAAGGAGGGCCGCAUCAGCCCGGAAUUCCAACGAAAUCCGAUCCGCGCCAUGCAUCUGAUCCUCAUUAUAAGCACGAAUCCGAUCCUCAUUAUAAGCACGACUCGAGUCAGCGACAAGGCGCACACCAUCCGAGCGGCUUCUCCGCGCACAUGAUGUCGUAUUCUCACUCCUCCCCCCUCCGCCCCUCCGCGCCCCACGCGUCCGCACCCCACGCGUUUGAGUCACAUCAGAGAAAAUCACCCACCCCUCCGCCUCCCACCGGUAGCUUCCAUCCCCCCUUGCGCGCGCCAGCGCCAGCGCCAAUAAGGGGUCCGCUUUCUUCCCCGCCUCCUGUGUCCCACCCACUGUCACACCCCCCACUGUCACACCCCCCACUGUCACACCCCCCACACUCACAACCCCCAUCUCAGCCCCCUCCACCGCACUCUCCCCCGUCCCGCUCACUACCCUCCCACCCCCCUCCGUCCCACCCUCCUCCAUCACUCCCCCACCCUCUCUCACACCCUCUCGCACACCCCCCUCUCUCACACCCCCCUCUCUCACACCCCCCCCUCGCCCACCCUUCACACCCACUAUCGCGCCCCACUCACCCCCCUCCCGGGUACAGAGCCCCGCCCCAAGGCCCCCCCGGCGUUGCCAAGCCUGCAGGGGGGCAAGCAGUGGGGGCAGCAGGGGGGGCGCCAGGGGGGGCAGCAGGGGCAGCAGCAGGGGGGGGGAGGGGUGCAGGGGGGAGGGUCACCUCUCCAGCUGGUGUGACUGCAGGGGGAGGGGCGUUAAUGGCGGGCACAGGAGCACCUUCGGCUACUAGCAGCGGCACCACCACCACUGCCACCACUGCCACCACCACUAGCAUUAGCACCACCAGCAGCACCACCACUACAACCACUGCUAUCAGCACAAGCAGCAGCGGCAGCAGCGCAUUUGCAUCUCGCUCGUCCCCGCCUGUCGCCUUCCGCCGCAUGUCCAGCCUUGACGUCAAGACCUCCCUCGACGGCCUCGCCGUACUCGCUCGCCAGGGCUCGUGGCGCGCCAUAGUGGACAAGGUGGUGGAGGGGUACAAGCUGGCGGGGCUGGCACAGCAGCUGGCGUUACGCGGUUACCACGUGCUCGCGCUGAUGAAGCUGCGGAUGUACGGCGCGGCUGCAGAGGAGCUCACCCUAUUGGGAAAUCUCGACUCGCCGCAGUACCGAUACGAGGCGCACCCGGGCAUGUACCCUGGCAGGAAAGGAUCCAUGCUGCCCUUUGCUCUCCGUUGGCUGGCAGCGGAGCUCCCUCACCGCAUGGGCAAUGCCGCCCUCACCGUGGAGAGGCUGUGCGCGCUGCAGGCAUACUGCACUGCCAAGAUGAAGGAAGUGCAGGGCCGAAUAGCCGCAGACAGGCAGGAAGCACAGGAGAGAGCAGCACCUGCAGGUAGCGGCAGCAGCAGCAGCAGCAGCAGCAGAAUGAGCAUGAGCAAGAGCGCAGUGACAACACAAGGCGUGGCAGAUGAGAUGGGACCUGAGGACGGCGAGGGCAUGUCGUCUCAUGCCAAGCUUGCAACAGCAAUGACCACCAGCACCAGCACCAGCACCAGCACCAGCACCAGCACCAGCACUAAGGGCACACCGUCAGCAGCAGCAGUGUCGUUGUCAUCCCAGGAAGCGCUAGUUGCCUGCUGGGCACGCAGGCGGCAGGCGGUGCGGCACUCGCUGGUCUCGCACCACUUAGCCCAACGAGACUACCCCACCGCCCUGCAGUGGCUGCAGCGCCUGCUGCGCUACGAGCCGAGCAACGCCGCCCUGCUCUCACGGUACGGGCUGGUGCGGCUGCAGCUGGGGGACGUGGAGGGUGCGAACGCUGCGUUCGGAUUGGUGGAGAAGAUGGUGGUGCACCGCGAGGUGGAGCUGGAGAGUGAGGGGGAGCGUGGGGGAGGAGGGGGGGAGGGGGAAGGGGGAGGGUGGGGAGGAGGAGGAGGAGGAGGAGGAGGUGGAGGAGGAGGAGGAGGAGCAGGGGUUGGAAGGGAUGGGAGUGGGUUGACAGGGCAGGUGACGGCGGCGAAUCUGGGGGAGAUGAAGCGGCUGGUGCGGCUCAACAAGGCGCUCGUGCACUUUGCUCGCAAGGAGUACGGGCAGGCGCUGCAGCUGUUCACUGCCGUUACAAAGGAGGACCCCACCAACCCCAUUGCUGCAAAUAACAAGGCCCUCUGCUUGAUGUACGGCCGAGAUCUUGCCACGGCGGUGCGGGUGCUGGAGGACCAAUUGCAGGCGAGCCCGCUGACAGCUGUCGACGAGACAGUGGUGCUGAACCUGUGCUCCAUGUACGAGCUGGCGGCGUCCGACACGCUCAACGCCAAGAGCACCCUCAGCAACUGGCUCACUCGCCUCGCUCCCGACGACUUUGACUUCGCAUGCACUCGGCUGUGAAGGGGAUGUGUUUCUUUGGCUGAUACUGUAAGCGUGGAAUAGGCUCAGAACAGAACAUGUGCACGGGUGAGCUAGCAGUGGCCGACGUGCACCAUGCUGUGCCUACGUCGUCACAUGAGCGGAGUCCUUCCUGCCGUCGAACACCCAGUAAGACUGUUGUGUCAACUCAAAGCUGAUGCUUGUUGCAGAAAGAACUCUGGGCAUUUCAAGAAAGCAUUGAGACAGAAUAUGCUUUGCAGAGCCAAU